GGGGCCGACGCGGCGGCAGUGGGAGGCAGGGGUCCGCGGGAAAGGGUUCCUCGCCGGGCUGCUGGGUUGUGACACUCAGUCCGAGGAGGCAGAAGUGGAUGUGAGAGGAGAGGCAGAAGUGCGGCGAGAGCCAGAGAGCGAGCAAGGGCAAAAGGCACCAGUGGGGAGAGCUCCAUGCAGUUCAGCACCAGACCGGCGAGCUCUGAGUCCGGCUUCAUGGGAACAUGGCAGCAGCAGAGCAGUGAGAGCAACCUCCUCUUCAGAAUGUCCCAACAGGCCAUCCGCUGCACUCUGGUGAACUGCACAUGCGAGUGUUUCCAGCCGGGCAAGAUCAACCUGCGGACAUGUGACCAUUGCAAACACGGCUGGGUGGCCCACGCGCUGGACAAGCUGAGCACGCAGCACUUGUACCACCCGACACAGGUGGAGAUCGUCCAGUCCAACGUGGUGUUCGACAUCAGCAGCCUGAUGCUGUACGGCACUCAGGCGGUUCCUGUGCGCCUCAAGAUCCUGCUGGACCGACUCUUCAGCGUGCUCAAGCAAGACGAGGUGCUACACAUCCUGCACGGCCUGGGCUGGACGCUGCGGGACUAUGUGCGUGGCUACAUCCUGCAGGACGCUGCGGGCAAGGUGCUGGACCGCUGGACCAUCAUGUCUCGGGAGGAGGAGAUCAUCACCCUGCAGCAGUUCUUGCGGUUCGGGGAGACCAAAUCCAUUGUGGAGCUCAUGGCCAUUCAGGAGAAGGAGGGUCAGGCGGUUACGGUGCCCUCAUCCAAGACCGAUUCUGACAUCAGGACGUUUAUUGAGAGCAACAACCGCUCGCGCAGCCCCACUCUCCUGACACACCUGGAGAACAGCAACCCCUCCAGCAUCCACCACUUUGAGAACAUCCCCAACAGCCUGGCCUUCCUGCUGCCCUUCCAGUACAUCAACCCAGUAUCAGCGCCCAUGCUGGGUCUUCCUCCCAAUGGGCUCAUGUUGGAGCAGCCAAGCCUGAGGCUGCGGGAGCCCAGCCUGCCGAACCCGAGCGAGCCCAACGAGAGCAACGAGUCAGAGGUCUCGCUCUCACCAUUCCGCAGUGGCCAGAGCCCGAGCCGGGGGGUAGCAACUGCUGUAAUACCCAGCGGGAUUGAGCCCAAGUCUGAGCCUGGCAGUGCCCCUCCCAUCUCUCCAAGCCCCACGACCCAGCAACCCCAGCAGAAUCCAGGCCAGCAGCAACAGCAGCAGCAGCAACCACAGGUCCACCAACAGCAGCAGCAGCAACCAGGAGUCUUGAACAACCACCAUCCCCACCAUCCCUUUGUGAAGAGUGAGCAGGCCAAAAGCAUUGGCACCUCUUCGUUUUCAUCAAAGAUGCACCGCAUGCGCCGAAUGGGCUCAACCUCCCGCAAGGGUCGCGUGUGCUGCAAUGCCUGCGGCAAGACCUUCUACGACAAGGGCACACUGAAGAUCCACUACAAUGCCGUGCACCUCAAGAUCAAACACCGGUGUACCAUUGAGGGGUGCAACAUGGUCUUCAGCUCCCUGCGCAGCCGCAACCGCCACAGUGCCAACCCUAACCCUCGUUUACACAUGCCCAUGCUGAGAAACAACCGGGACAAGGAUCUCAUCCGCGCCAACUCCAGUUCAGGAACGCCAGUCAUCUCCAGCACCAAGGGUGGCCUGACCCUUACCAGUCCGGGCCGGCCACCGCUGGGCUUCGCCACACCACCUCUCGACCCCAUGCUGCAAUCACCCCUCCAAAGCCCAUUGGUUUUCCCAUCCUUGAAGUCGGUCCAACCUGUGCAGCCGGUACCACCUUUCUACCGCAACCUACUGUCCCCGGGUGAACUGGUCAGCCCCUCAGUCUCCCUGCCAACCAGCCCCAUACUGCCAACAGCCACCAACAGCACAUCUCUGAUAGAGCAGCAGCAGCAACAACAGGUCACAGCGUCCAACUCUCAAAAUCCAAUCUUGUCCGAGCCUGGGCUUGUAGGUCAAAGGCUGCUCAAUCUAAGUGGUCAGGACCACUCCAUCGACCCUAUGCCUAAGAAGAAGCCAAGGAAGUCCAGCAUGCCAGUGAAGAUUGAGAAAGAAGUGAUCAGUGUGCCUGAUGCAUUUGAAGACAGAGACGAGGAGGAAGAGGAUAGUAGGCCACUGAAUGGCUUGCCAAGCAGCCAGGGCUUUUAUUCACAUUCACACCUGCACAACAAUGGGAGCCAGAACAGCAGCAACCACAGUGGGGGUAGCUGUCAGCAGUCUCCGUCCCAGGACGAGAUGAGCCCCGGCCUGGCCCUGAGAACCAUGCUGCAGCACGAACGAGAAGAAGCCAGGGCUGGAGGGGAGCUCCGUUGCAUGGACAGCUUCAGCUCCGAGGACCAAGACCAUGAAAGGGACUUUGAGAACGAGUCGGAGACCUCUGAGUCCAAGAUGUGUUGUGGGGAUGAGCUCAUGGACACGGAAGACCAGAGGAACUUCGGCAGCCUUGACAAGGAGCUGGAGGUGGAGGAGAACCACAUGAAGAAGGAGAUGGCGGACAACGGGCUCUCCUCACCAUCUCCUCAUCAGCCUGUAAUCAAAAUCAAGGAGGAGCUGAGUGACCCCACGUAUGAUAUGUUCUGCAUGGGUCAGUACGGACUCUACAAUGGAGGAGGAGGGAUGGCAGCUGCAGCAGCGGCAGCAGCCGCUGCAGCUAGCAUGGCUGCUCUACACGAGAGCUUUGUCUCCUCCAUGGGCUACAGCGCCAGCCCACCCAAGUUCUCCUCACAGUCCUCAGAAGGUGACCUGUACUCUAGCCCCGACCCUAAGAUCUGCUACGUUUGCAAGAAGAGUUUCAAGAGCUCCUACAGUGUGAAGCUUCACUACAAGAACGUGCAUUUGAAAGAGAUGCACAUGUGCACUGUGGCCGGCUGCAAUGCUGCUUUCCCUUCACGGCGGAGUCGAGACAGGCACAGCGCCAACAUCAACCUGCACCGCAAACUGCUGACCAAAGAGUUGGACGACAUGAUCAUGGACCCCCACAGCAGGGCGCUGCGCAAUGAGCUCCUGGCCAAGAUCUACGGCAGCCCGCACCUCGCACUGGACGCCCUGGCGGGGGCCGGAGGGGCCGUGGUGCUCAUGAAGGAGCUGGGCCACGACAUCGGUGACGGCGACGACGACGAUGACGACGACCCCGCGGGCGCAGACUACAGCCGGGCCGACAGCUGCGCCCGCUUCCUGCCGUCGAAGUACGCGGCGCUGGACCUGAGCGCGGCCUCCAGCGUCCACUCCGGCGGCAGCACGUACUCGUGGCGCGGGUCAGACGAGGGCAGCGACGAGGGCAUCUUGCUGGAUGACCUGGAGGGCGCCAGCGACGGAGAGGAGGGCUGCGACAGGGCCGCGGAGGGCGGUGAUGGCAGCGGCGGGCGUGGCUGCGGGGACGAUGACCCCGCCUCCCGGGCCACCCCGGGGGGCAUCGUGUGCGCGCUCUGCCACAAGGUGUACAGCAACAAGGGGACGCUGCGCGUGCACUUCAAGACGGUGCACCUGCGCGAGAUGCACAAGUGCAAAGUGCCGGGCUGCAGCAUGAUCUUCUCGUCCGUGCGCAGCCGCAACAGGCACAGCCAAAACCCAAACCUUCACAAACAGGUGCCCUUCGGCGCCGUGCUCCAUUAGCCACGCCCCCUCGAACCUGCAGCGCCGCAGCUCCGGUUCCACGCCCCUCCUCGGAACCACGGGAGCCAGAGAUGCUCGUCGACGGGCCCCGGCCGCGUGACCGC